GCAUUAUCCUUGGUCUUCAACUUUGUCGUGACAUCUCUGAUUGCUGGCCGGAUCUAUUACCUAGCUUGGAAACAUAGGAAUACUGUACCUAUACGCCAUACGAGACAGUAUAUGAAGAUCAUCAUCGUCCUUAUCGAGUCUGGUGCGAUUUUCUGCUUCGCUCAGGUGGUCUUCGUGAUGCUCUGGGCGAUACGUAGCAAUGCUCACUGGAUAGGGGCGGACCCGGCUUGCCGAUUAUACUGCAUUGUUCCGACAUUGAUCAUUGUUCGAGUCGGUUUGGGUGUCCACGGAAAAGACGACGCGACAAACUCCAUCCAUGAGCGCUCUACGACUCGCGAGCAAAGACGAUCCAAAAUCCAGAAUGGCGAUGGAAUAAGAGCGUUGUGUUUCGGAUACGUAUGGAACAGGCGGUAG